CGUAGCCGAAGCAAGACUGAGUAUAUGGAGUGCAAGUUUGGUGGAGGUAGAAGUAGUAGCAACAAUGGGAUUGCUCUUGAUGGUAAGAAGAUACCGGUGUGUGAUAUGUUCCGUUACUUGGGCUUUAUAAUUCAGAAGGAUGGUUAAUUAGAUGGAGAUGUAUGCCAUAGAAUCAAAGCUGGGUGGAUGAAAUGGAAAAGGGCUUCAGGAUUUCUAUCCGAUCGAGGUAUGCCGACUAGUCUGAAAGGUAAAUUUUAUCGAACAACAAUUAGGUCUGCAUUAAUGUAUGACUUAGAGUGUUGGGUGGUGAAGCAAUGCUACAUUCAAAAGAUGAGUGUGGCAGAGAUGUGUAUGUUGCAUUGUAUGUGAAGACAUACCAGAAAAGACUGCUUGAGUAAUGAGAUAAUCAGACAAAAGGUGGGAGUAGCACCUAUUGAAGACAAGAUGCAGGAGUCUCGUUUUCGAUGGUUUGGGCAUGUGCGCAGAAGACUGAAUGAUGCACCUGUUAGGAGACUUGAUAUGUGGGGAAAAGAGGCAGAGAAGAGAGGGAGGGGAAGACCCAAAUAUACUUGGAUUAGAGGAAUUAGAACUGAUAUGCGUGUUCUUGGGUUGGAUGAGAGUAUGGUUUUGAAGAGAGCAAAGUGGAUGACGCACAUCUGUGUGGACGAUUGAUGUUUUUCUACCUUUUCUCUCGUUUUCUUUUAUCGUUUAUAUUCUUUAUCUUUUUAUAUUCUUAUGUUAUUUUUAUCUUUUAGCUUUUUAUGCUCUUUUAUCUUUCUUGUAUUCUUAUAUUAUUGUUAUCUUAUAUUUAUUUAUCUUUAUUUAUCCUUUUUAUCUUCCUUUUUUGCGUUUUCUUUUAUUUUCUUUUUAUUUUCUUUUUCUUUUCUUUUUCUUUUCUUUUUUCUCUUCUUGACUGUCUUCUCUGUUUAACAUCGAUAUCAUAGAUCGAUUCAUGUUAGUCGACCCCAAAUUGUUUUGAGAUUAAGGCGAUGUUGUUGUAUAUUUUAAUAAUUCUGCUUUAGUAUAUUGAACACUUGGAGUUUGGAUACAUGGUGUUUGUUGAAAUGACAGUCACGGGAAGUAAUCAAUAGUUAUUGCAUUUUUGUUAGAAUCUAUAAUUUUUUGUGUCCUUCGUAUGCACGAGGAAAAGAUUGUGGCUCAUGUGCUUGGAAGUUUCAAAGGUAAUCAAGUAGCAGUUUCCAGUAGAGCCAGUUUCUCGUUUUACAUUCCAUGCUAUUGUUAAUGGUGAUACAUUCUGCUACACAGGUAUACUAUUCUUUAUUGCAAGCUUACUAAAAGAAUUCUCUUAUAGUCUUAUUUGAAUGCAAUAAUUCUCCGCUAGGCUUUGAAGUACAUUGCAGGCCUCCAGUUGAGAUACGAAUGGCUGCACAAAUACCACUUAUGGACCCGGUUGAUCGGUCUGUGUUGGUGAUGCCACGUUACGCGCAUCGAGCGGACCUUGUCUGGAAUGAUGCUACACUAGUAAGCAUCGAGCGGACGAAUGGGUUCGUUGAUCAUCCCACCUACACUCCUGCGUACCGUGAAUGGUACGCAAAUGUCGGGAAACGACGGAUUUGCAAUCCGUUACAUGGUCGACCUACAACGGGUUAUGUAACUACUAACAGGGAGACAAGUACACUAAUGCAAUGUAUGGGCGAUAUCUAUCGGCGCAUGGCAGCUCCAUUUGACGUCGAAGACAUUCGCGAGCAAAUUGCACGAUGCCUUACAGGAUUAGGUGCCGAGAAUGUGCUUCAUCAAGACAUCAUUUUCUAUGGGGAUGCCCAUGAUGAUGCAGUGGAUGAUCAUCCUCCACUUCAGCAAGACCGUAGAAGAGUCGCGGCCACUAGAGGUCGGCGUGACGGACGCGGUUAUGUUGCUCCACACGUCGACAAUGAUGAUGGUGAUGAUGAUAAUCACGAUGAUGAUAAUGAUGAUGAGGAGGAGGAGGAAGAGGAUGACGGUGAAGAAGAUGGUGGUGAAGAAGAAGGGCAACCAUCUUCACAUAUUCAUUCACACAUCCCUUCCUCAUCUCAUGUACCUAAUCAAUACUCUACACCGACUAGUGCAUACAUUCCGACGUUUGAUGCGCCAUCGUUUAUUCCACAUGUACAGCCUACAUAUGAGACACGUCCCACCUUUUUAAAUUCACCAAUUGAUUGAUUGAACAACUUAUUAGGAUCAGAUGUACAGAGUGGGAUGGGGCAAGAAGCAGGGCCAAGCACACAACCGCCAAUUGAACAUAGGCCGAGACGGGAUAUACAUUCUCGACGCUGUGGGACAGGGAGUCACUUCGUGGUGCCAGGUCGAC